GAAGUGACAAGUUCGUAACAAAAAAAAUGUAUAUUUUGGGACGAGACUAAAAUAAUGACCUUUUUCGACCUCUUUAUAAUUUGGUAGCUGUUCCUUCUGACGAAGACAUGGCUCCUCGCAAAGGCAAGGUACAGAAGGAGGAAGUCCAGGUGCAUCUUGGGCCCCAGGUCCCUGAGGGAGAGAACGUCUUCGGAGUGGCUCACAUCUUUGCCUCCUUCAAUGACACCUUUGUGCAUGUCACUGACCUCUCUGGAAGGGAGACCAUCUCUCGUGUGACGGGCGGUAUGAAGGUGAAGGCGGAUCGUGAUGAGGCGUCUCCCUACGCUGCCAUGUUGGCCGCUCAGGACGUGGCUGCUCGCUGCAAGGAGCUUGGCAUCACUGCCCUGCACAUCAAGCUGCGUGCCACCGGUGGAAACAAGACCAAGACCCCCGGCCCUGGUGCUCAGUCUGCCCUGAGGGCUUUGGCUCGCUCUGGCAUGAAGAUCGGCCGCAUCGAGGAUGUGACCCCAAUCCCAUCGGACAGCACACGGAGAAAGGGAGGUCGCCGUGGACGUCGUCUCUAGAGGGCGCUGUUAUCAAAUAGCUGUAGUCCGUUGCAGCCAAAAGUACUGUACAAAGCAAGUAGUAUGUUGUGUGAGUUCCGCCAAUAAAUUGCGCAGAGAACGGUACA